AAAACGCAAUCAAAGAAACCCUAAGGUUUUUCCAUUUUGCUCUGUUCCAAUCAGCCGCUCCUCGUUCGCGACCGGAGAGCGCCUUCAAUUACAACCAACAUGACCAAGAGAACGAAGAAGGCUGGCAUUGUUGGAAAAUAUGGUACCCGAUACGGGGCUAGUCUGCGAAAGCAGAUUAAGAAGAUGGAAGUUAGUCAGCAUAGCAAAUAUUUUUGCGAAUUUUGUGGGAAGUUUGCAGUGAAGAGGAAGGCCGUGGGAAUUUGGGGCUGCAAAGACUGUGGAAAGGUCAAAGCUGGCGGUGCCUACACUUUGAACACUGCUAGUGCUGUGACCGUAAGGAGCACUAUUCGGAGGCUGAGGGAGCAAACUGAGAAUUGAGCUGCUACCAUCUGCCUAUUUUUACCUUAUUUUGACCUUUCAUAAGAAAAAAGGCUACUAUAAGAACCGCUUUUUGAUCUGCUUAUUAUAAUGCAAUGGAAAUUGUUGGAAGAUGGGUUUUAACUUGAGACUUGCUCUUUUCUUCUGUUGUGGCGCUGCAUUAUGUUAAUGUUAUAACAAUUAAAUUGUUCGAGUUGUUGCUAA